AUGCCUACUUUUUCUGCUAUUGCUUUGGAUAGAAUGCUAGACCCAGGGGCUUCCACAUCUUCUGUUCCAAACACAAAGCUGUCUUAUUAUUCAAAGCCGCCGCUGGAGAAAGGUAAAGGUAAAUUACCUAAUGAGAGGACUUUCAGUCGUCCCAAGAUGUCACCGUCGCUCUACGCCACUCCUGAUGCAAUCCCACUACCUAACUCGCCAUCUUCCUUCCCACCGUCUCCUUAUAUCAUCAACCACAAAUCUCGUGGCCCGCGUCUUUUGAAAAGCUCUUCUGAGGCUAAUGUGUCUGAUGAAGCUAUUACUGAUAAUGCCGAAGACGUCAAGGCUUCUUCAAGGAGGAAAUCCACCUCGUUCUCGUUUCCUGCAAGUGAGUCUACGGAAGAGAAUUUUGAUGGGAUUGUUGAUGGUCCUUUUGGUAGUUGGAGUGGAAAGUCGGAUUUGGAUAAUGCUGCCAAUGGUUUAGAGCCGGAAAACAAUCUUCCGGGGCCCAAAGAAGGAAAGGAGAGUGAGUGUGAAGAUUUUUAUGACCCACGUGAAUCAGCAAGCUUCACAAGUAACACAGAGGUAGAGGGUGAUGGAGGAGAGGAAGGUUCACAAAGACUUGCUACACCUGUGGGAGAGUUUUAUGAUGCUUGGGAUGAACUAUCAACCGACAGUGGAAUGCAGAGUUCAAAUAACAACAUUGAAUCUGAACUAAGGGAGAUAAGGCUGAGCUUACUACUUGAAAUCGAGAAGAGAAAACAAACGGAGGAGGCUCUAGAGAAGAUGCAUAUACACUGGCAGAGACUCCGCGAGCAGUUGGCCCAGGUCGGUGUCUUCGUUCCUAUCGAUCCUACCACCUCCACCAAUUAUAUGAACCUAUCAGAAGAAUUACGCUGCCAAGUCGAGGUCGCUAGGUUUGUCUCCGACUCUCUGUCCAGAGGUAUGGCCAAGGCUGAGGUAGAGAUGGAGGUGGAAUCUGUGCUCAAAACUAAGAACUUUGAAAUCACGCGGUUGUCUGACCGUGUACACUACUACGAAGCAGUGAACCGAGAAAUGUCCCAACGAAACCAAGAGGCCAUAGAGGUGGCACGACGAAAGAGGCAGAAGAGAAAGAAGAGGCAGAGAUGGAUAUGGGGAUCAAUUGCAGCAACCAUUACUCUAGGAAGCGUGGCAUUGGCAUGGUCUUACAUUCCUAGUGCAUCCAAACCAUCAUCUGAAGGAUCACAUACUCUUAAGGAUGAUUAA